AUGGCGGGGCUGACCCUGUUUGUAGGCCGCCUGCCGCCCUCGGCCCGCAGUGAGCAGCUGGAGGAGCUGUUCAGUCAAGUGGGGCCGGUGAAGCAGUGCUUCGUGGUGACUGAGAAAGGAAGUAAGGCAUGUCGAGGCUUUGGCUAUGUCACUUUUUCUAUGCUGGAAGAUGUUCAGAGGGCCCUCAAGGAGAUUACCACCUUUGAAGGCUGUAAGAUCAAUGUGACUGUUGCCAAGAAGAAACUGAGGAGGAAGUCCAAGGGAAAGGGGGAAAAUGAAAAUUCAGAGUCCCCAAAGAAGGAGCUGAAGCCAAAAAAACCCAAAGUGGCUGAUAAGAAAGCCAGGUUAAUUAUUCGGAACCUAAGCUUUAAGUGUUCAGAAGAUGACCUGAGAACGGUGUUUGCUCAAUAUGGAGCUGUCCUGGAAGUAAGCAUCCCCAGGAAGCCAGAUGGAAAGAUGCGUGGUUUUGCUUUUGUCCAGUUCAAAAACCUCCUAGAAGCAGGAAAAGCUCUCAAAAGCAUGAACAUGAAAGAGAUAAAAGGGCGGACAGUGGCUGUGGAUUGGGCCGUGGCAAAGGAUAAAUAUAAAAAUACACAGUCUGCCUCUGCACCAGGUGAGAAGAGGCUUGGAGCUAAACAUCAGGAAUUAAGUAAAGAGAAUGGCAGGGAAGAAGAGGAUGGUACAGAAGAGGAAGAAGAGAAGGAGGAGGUGGGGGAGGACAAUAAAGAAGCAAGGGUGACCAAGCCUACACAAAUUCCAAAGAAAGCCAUCAAGAAGGCCCCAACUGUAGAGAGCAGCGAGGAGGAUCAUUCUGACGAGGACAGCGACCUGGAGGAAAGCGAUAGCGUCGAUGAUGGAGACGAACUGGCUCAGAGUGACACCGACAGUGAACAGCAAGAGGAUGAAGAUGUACAAGUCUCAAAGAAAAAGAAGAGGAAGUUACCCUCUGAUGUGAAUGAAGGGAAGACCGUUUUUAUCAGAAACCUGUCUUUUGACUCAGAGGAAGAAGAACUCGGGGAGCUCCUCCAGCAGUUUGGAGAUCUCAAAUACGUCCGUGUCGUCUUACAUCCAGACACAGAGCAUUCUAAAGGUUGUGCAUUUGCCCAGUUCAUGACUCAAGAAGCAGCGCAGAAAUGCCUUGAAGCUGCUUCUCCAGAGACUGAGGGUGGUGGGCUUAAACUGGAUGGCCGACUGCUCAGAAUCGACUUGGCCGUGACGCGUGACGAGGCUGCAAAGCUCCAGACAAAGAAGGUGAAGAAGCCAACUGGAACCCGGAACCUUUACCUGGCCAGAGAAGGCUUGAUUCGUGCUGGGACUAAGGCUGCUGAGGGUGUGAGCGCCGCUGAUAUGGCCAAAAGAGAACGGUUUGAGCUGCUGAAACAUCAGAAACUCAAGGACCAGAAUAUCUUUGUCUCCCAGACCAGGCUCUGCCUGCACAACCUCCCAAAGGCUGUGGAUGACAAAGAGCUCAGAAAGCUGCUGCUGAAUGCCACACGAGGGGAAAAAGGGGUGCGCCUCAAGGAGUGUAGGGUGAUGCGAGAUCUCAAAGGAGCGCAUGGAAAGGUUAAGGGUCAGUCCCUGGGCUAUGCCUUUGCAGAGUUCCAGGAGCACGAGCAUGCCCUGACAGCCCUUCGCCACAUCAACAACAAUCCCGAGAUCUUUGGGCCUCUGAAGAGACCGAUAGUGGAGUUCUCUUUGGAAGAUCGAAGGAAACUUAAAAUAAAGGAACUGAGGAUUCAGCGCAGCCUGCAAAAAGUGAAAUCCAAGCCUGCAACCGGUGAGCCCCAGCAGGAACAGCCAGUGCUUGGAAAAGACCGGCAGCGGAAAGCAGCUCAAAACCACACACAGGAACAAAGCAAGGCCGCCCUGGAGCAGAAGGGAAAGGUGCAUUCUACCUCGUGGACGGGGUUCCAGACCAAGGCUGAAGUGGAGCAGGUGGAGCUGCCUGAUGGAAGGAAGAGAAGGAAGGUCCUGGUGCUCCCCUCACACCGAGGCCCCAAAAUCAGGCUCCGGGACAAAGGCAAAGUGAAGUCUCUCCCUCCCAAAAAGCCAAAGCCCCAGAUAAACCAGCAGAAGCAAGAGAAGCAGAAAUUACCUUCCAAGCAGACACCUAGGAGAAAAGCUAAGGGAAAUAAGACUGAAAUCCGCUUCAACCAGCUGGUCGAACAAUAUAAGCAGAAAUUAUUGGGACCUUCUAAAGGAGCACCUCUUGCGAAGAGGAGCAAAUGGUUUGAUAGUUGA